UAUCGUUAUCGCGCCCAUUGGCUUGUUUUGUUUUGCUUACACGACAUAAAUAAAACUUGUAAAAGAACGUAGAUAUAUUCUAAAAAUGAGUAAUUUAAAAUCAGAUUUAGACGAAUACUUGCUUCUGCAAAGUGAUCAAAAGAAAAGUUUCAACGUCAAGCUUCCACAGCUGAAAGUUCCGUUCCUGUCCAGAAGGGAACCGGAGGCAAAUAGUUUUCUCAAGGAUACAGACUCUUGCUGCCCAAAAUUCUCACGUCUGCAACGAAUCGUGGGUUUCGUGGCUUGUUUGGGAAUGGGUGCACUGUGCAUGACACUUUCCACAUUUUAUAUUCCGGUCUUAAUCCUGAAAGCCAGAAAGUUUGCUCUGCUCUACACCCUCGGAAGCCUCUUCUUCAUCUUGAGCUUUUGCUUUCUUUCUGGAUUUGGAUCCUUUUUAAAGCAAAUGUUCUCCAAACCACGCCUGAUCUCGUCGAUUUCGUACAGUUCCUGUUUACUUUUAACUCUAUACUGCGCCUUGGUAGCCAAGAGCACCGCCUUCACUGUUCUUUUUGCAGUGGCUCAAAUAAUUGCUCUGCUAUUUAUGAUUCUGGGGAUGGUUCCCGGUGGAACUACGGGGCUUAAAUUCUUCGGACAACUCUUUAAGAGCACAGUCUCUGCGUCAGCGAAUGCACUACCUGUAUAAGGGGAGAGGACAUUCAUCCACCACCGCAGAAACUAAUACUAAAUUAUUGAACUCAAUAAUAAAUGUAAAAUAAAUAUUAUUUGUGAUACAACGCCUCUCAACCUAA